GAAAGAUCCUUCUGUAGAGGGAAAGUUGAUCGCUGCACACACGCGACGACCCAAGAGGCAGUAGCUGCCGCUCCACUGUCGGUGUGCGAUCCAUGCCCGGAUCCUCGAUGCGGCCAACGGCGCCGCCAUCAUUGAGCAUCCAGGUACACGGCAGCUCAUUUGUGUUUGACCCGUCACCGCAUGGAGUGACGAUUGGUGCCCACGAGACAAGCCAUCUACGAUUCCUCCAGGACCCAGAGGUCGCGCGCCACCACGGGACGCUGGAGCAUACACUCGUUCAUGGUCAUUGGAUCUACGUCGACCAUAGCACGACGGGCUCCAUUAUCAACCACACCCAGGUUGUUCUGAACGAUGCCGCGAUUGUCCAUGACGGGGAUCAUUUUCUCGUGGGUCGCACGCCUUUCGUCGUGCAUUUUCACACUCCCGCGAAACAUUCGUCACCGAUACGGCACAUGCCUUCGACCCCACCCGCUCGCCAUCUCGUGCGCAAGACGUCUGUACCGAUGCUCUUGCCAACCUACACAAACUCGCCCAUUCCAAAGCACAAACAGCAACAGUACGAUCAGCAUCUUCACCAAGGUGCAUCACCGCCCGCAAAAGCCACGGGAGCUUAUCCGUUUGACGUAACACCGCAGUCGACGCCUCCGAAUUCGUCGACGUUUUUGGAUGGGUAUCACGCCACCCCCCUCACGCCGCCACCACAGCGAGACAACUUGCGCAUACAAAUCUCCAAGAAAAUGGCAAACCGCAUCAUCCACAUGCCGCUGUCGCAACGGAAUGACUCGACGAUCCGACCAGAGGCAGUCAUGUCUCCCGUGCCACAAUCCGAACUUCGACAUCGCCAACAGCGGCUGCAACAGGAGCUGGCACGAAAAACCACCGAAGACGCGUGGCUGCACGAGCAGCAGCAUGCGUUUCGUUUGCAGGCAGCCCCGUCAUCGAUGUCUACCUCCAUGACAGAGCACUUGACAUCGGCCCGCCGCAAGAGCUUUACGCUUGAUCUGGUCGAUCCACAGAACAGGCGCCACGUCGUUCAGCCGCCGCCGCGACAAGCUGAGCACCAACGCCAAGAAGAUGUCGACGCAACGUCGAGUGUCACCAGCAGCGUGCCUACGGAGCUUGCUCGAUAUCGAGACUCGGUCGACCUCUCGUCGUCGUCGUCCGAUGGAGAAGUUGAGGGCGAAGACAGCGUGGUAACAAUGUCCACGACACCCCCAACGAAUUGUCGGUCGCUGGAUGUGUCGCAUCUCCGGCAAUCGUUUGACGCGCUGCUCAACACGUCGCCGUCGACGUGGCGGCCAAACCCGCCCCCCGAUGACGACCACCGCAGCGGUGGCAUGCGGCUCAAGCGCGCGCACUUGAUCAAGACAGCCCCGAUGACGAGACCAUCGCCGUUUAUGCUGGCCACCACGGCACUGCACUCCCCAUACAAGACGGCUAAGCACGUGAACGCGUUUAUGGAGGCAGCCGUGUCGAGUCCAACUCAUUUUGACUACGCUACGUCGUAACACGUCAUCGACUACGUACUGCACCAACCCGCGCUUGUCGUUCCUGCUAAAAAUCGUGUGAAUUUUUUGAUUGGUCAGAAUGUAUUACGAAUAUAAUUUGAUUGGAUAAUGUUUUC